AGCCCAGAAUGAUGUAGGUAUGUAGAAAUGUCAAUGAAAGAUUUUGAUCAUGCUCUUAACAUCAUUGACAGUUUGCUCGACGGAGAGCAAAAUCAGACGAGGUUGAAUGAACUGUCUCAACUGCAUCAGAUUUUGAAAUGCAGCAAAGAUAGAGUAGACCAGUCGAUAACUUUCGACUCUUUUGCUGGAGCAAUUGAUGAUGAGGACUGUUCUGGUUAUCUCCAGGAAUUAGAGGACUGCUUGAAUGAGGUACAUAAUCAGAUAAGUGACGAGUUGGAAAGAACAGAUGCCUCUAUUGAUAAUAAUAGCAGUAACAAAGAGCAAACUCAGAAUUCUAUCUCAGACUUAGACGCAUAUUUACACAUAGACGAUCCCAACAAGCUUAGUAGACUAUCUGAUGACGAAGGAAUUGGUCUUCCGGAUAAUAAUCAGAUUAGGGAGGGUGAGGAAGGCUCUGGUACGCUAAUUAGAGGAUCAGGAAUAACUUACCAGCCUACUUUGGAGGAGGAAGGAAUGAUUAAACAAACCAGGAAUCAGUAUAACGUGCAGCUGAGUCUAACAGAACAAGAUAGAACAGAGCUGUACAUUUCCUCGUUAGAGAAGGAGUUGUUAGUCUGCAAAACACGGGAACGGGAACUUGUGGUUGAUAGGGCUGAUCUUGUGGAGAAAAUCAGGAUUAUCCACGGCAUCCUGGAGGACAAACAAAAACAGUACUUUCAGCUGAACAACUACGUGGGUGACUGUGAGGAGAAGCUAACAACAUCCCACAACCGAUACGAAGCAGCGAUAACAGAGCGUGACGCGGCCCUCGCUGAGCGUGACAAGAUGUUGGUGGAUCAGGAUCCCCUGAUAUUGGAGCGGGACAGGUUGUUGAGCGAGCGAGAUAGUAUGUCUGUGGAACGUGAUAACAUGGAGUCAGACAAGUGGGAUAUCAUGAAGCAGCUCCGUGAAGUGGAAGACAGGUGCGAAAGUCUACAACAAGAGGUUAAAUUCCGGGACAGUGCGAUAAAAUCACUCCAGGAUGAACACGAGAGGUUUUCUCAGGAGUGUUUGUGUAACUCACAGUCCCUGGAUCUCGACUCACUGCGCUCCCGGACCAUGUCCAGAUCGAGCAGUCUUCGGAGUAAGUCCUCUAUGGGCAGUAAAGGCUCCGGUCUCUCUCGCUUACUAACCUUGCGCCGGCACCACGACUCCGACACAGACUCGUUUGGGAGCGAGGAAGCCGCUGCAGCUAACCCCAAGAAGAGGAAGCCUAGGAUUCAGUUCGGGUUGUUUACUGAGGAUUCCGAGAGGGAAAAACGGAAACUUCUCGAUUCCUUAUCAGAGGUACCGAUGGUUAGAUGGAAGAGUGAAGCAGUAGUAGCGUGGCUGGAGCUGGUGGUUCAGAUGCCAAUGUACAGCAAAGCCUGCAGCGAAAACGUCAAGAGCGGCAAGGUUCUACUCUCACUGUCAGAUAACGAUAUACAGACAGGGUUCAGCAUGAUCAACCCGCUGCACAAGCGGAAACUGCGCCUCGCGCUGGAGGACGUGCGCCAGACGGACUCAGUGACCUACCCCUGCCUUGCUAAGCUCGACCACUGGUGGGUCGUUAACGAGUGGUUACCAAGCAUUGGACUCAACCAGUACAAGGGUACCUUCAGAGAGAACUUAGUGGACGGUAGAGUACUCAACUCCCUAACCAGGAAGGACAUAGAACGUCACCUCAACAUAGUUGACAGAUCCCACCAGACAUCCAUAUCAUUGGGGAUCGAGCUGCUGGCUAAAUAUUCGUACGAUCUGGAGAAGUUGACUGUUAAGAGGGCUGGGUGUCAGAAUAUUGAUAGAGAUGUUGAGGUCUGGACCACCGGACGCUGUGCUGAGUGGCUGAUCUCCAUAGACCUCAAAGAACACGCCAACAAGUUGUCGUACAGCGGUAUCCACGGUGCUGUUAUCACACAGGAUAAAGAGUUUAAUGUGGACGUGCUGGCAAGCGCCCUGCUUAUUCCUGUUCAGAGGAAGGUUCUGAGGAGACACAUGGAACAGGAGAUAGCAGUACUAAAAAGCGGAGGAAGCAGACGACAGACAACUCAGACCAAACCUAAAUCAGGCAAGUUUAAAGACAGUCUGUCCAGAGCCUUCACUCCCAACCGAUCAGAAACGCCGGACCACAGUUUGAAGGCGUUCAAAGCGGCGGAACCUGGUUCUCACUGCAAACCUGAUCCGGAUACUCUAUCUAUUAAGUUUGAUCCAGAAAUAUACGCUUGAAAUAUAUUUUACGUGGUGUUUAUUGAACUAAUGCAAACUGAAUGACUGUUACUAGAAGAUACAACCGGCCGUUACUCCAUUACUGUGUGCGCUAAUGGUUUGUUAUGUUAACCUGGCCCACAACCAUUACCUGCCACACAUUUGUAGCAAACAAUGUAAGAUUGUGAGAUACAGAACUGAAAUGAUAGGCAGCGGAACUAGAAUGUAAAUAACAGCCAAGAAGGCUGCGAGAUAUAAUAUCAAAUGAUAUUUUGUUAGCACUGUUUUCGUUAUUACAUGAGUUUGUGAUGUUAUAUUAUUAAACUUAUUGUGUUUGCUACUACUCAACAUUUUGUAUCGAUUAAGGGGAAUAGGGCUGAGAAACAAGGAGAAAUUGUGAAAAUCAUAAAGAUUUUCAUCAUACAUUUUUAUCUUACCUCAUGAAAUAGGAAUCAUUCUUGUCAUUUUGAAGCCGUCUUAAAGUAUGAAAAUGGGUUCGAUUUUGUACUCAUUGGUUUAGUUUUAAGUGUUAAAAGAAAUUUGUAUGAUAUCCGACGAAUUUAUUAAUUUAAGUGGAAUAGAAAUAAAAUCCGACUGUCUUACAUUGUAGUGAAUGGUAGUUUUAUUAUUUGACAUGUAAUUACAAUUUUAUUUCGUUUAAA